GCUGCUAGGGCCUAGGUAGCCCUACUCAGCCAGGAAGCAGAGAGCAGAAAAUCGCCCGAGGGAAAACAAGGGAACAAGGAGCAGAAAACCUCCCCAGGGACAAGAUGAAUUUCUUCCCAGCCCUUUCACCAGAAACCUGGACUUUACUUGCUGCAUUUGUGACCCUUCUGAUUUUAUAUGGGAUCUGGCCAUAUAGUAUUUUUAAGAAGUUGGGGAUUCCUGGACCAAGGCCUCUGCCGUUCGUUGGGACAUUUCUGGAAUAUCGAAAUGGAAUUUUUGAGUUUGACAAGAAGUGCUAUGAAAAAUAUGGUAAAGUGUGGGGGAUUUUUGAUGGUAGACAGCCAAUCCUGGCCAUUCUGGAUCCUGACAUCAUCAAAACUGUUCUGGUGAAAGAGUUUCACGACUCUUUUCCAAACCGACGGAACUUUGGUCUAAAUGGUGGCUUGGACUCUAGCCUCACCAUCGCCGAGUAUCACACGUGGAAGAGGAUUCGCACCAUCGUCUCCCCGACCUUCACCAGUGGGAAACUUAAGGAGAUGUUCCCAAUCAUCAAACAUUAUGGAAAACUUCUGGUACAAAAUAUUGACAAGAAGGUGAAGAAGAAUGAGCCAGUGAAUAUGAAGAGGAUCUUUGGGUCGUACAGUCUGGACGUGGUCACCAGUACCUCCUUUGGAGUGGACAUAGAUUCGAUGAACAAUCCCAAUGACCCUUUUGUUAAACAGAUCACUAAGUUACUCUCUUUCACUUUCUUAAGCCCUCUGUUCCUGCUCACAGUGGUGUUUCCUUUCCUCAUGCCAGUUUUCAAAAAGAUGAACCUGUCACUGUUUCCCCGGGACACUGUGGAAUUCUUUGUUGGCGUCACCCGCAACUUCAAAGAGAAGAGGCAGAAAGGUGUCCACACGGGAAGAGUGGAUUUUCUGCAACUGAUGGUUGACUCCCAAUCCUCAGACAGCAACCCUGAACCCAGUGAGAAGAAUCACUCCUACAAAGAAAUGACUGACAUGGAGAUCUCGACACAGGCCAUCAUCUUUAUUUUUGCUGGAUUUGAAACCACCAGCUCGACUCUCAACUUCGUGUCCUACAACUUGGCUACUCACCCUGAAGUCCAGAAGAAACUGCAAGAGGAAAUAGACAGCAUUCUACCUAACAAGGCCAGCCCCACUUAUGAGUCCAUCUUCCAAAUGGAUUAUCUCGAUAUGGUUGUCCUGGAGACCCUCAGGCUCUUCCCCCCAGGAGGUCGAAUACAGAGAGUCUGUAAGGAAACGACCCAAAUCAAAGGGUUGACCAUUCCCAAAGGGACAGUGGUUAUUAUACCAACAUUUGUUUUGCAUCGGGAUUCAGAGCAUUGGCCAGAGCCUGAAAAGUUCCUCCCUGAGAGGUUCAGUAAGGAGGAGAAAGCUUCGCACAAUCCCUAUGUCUUCCUGCCCUUUGGAGCCGGUCCCAGAAACUGCAUUGGAAUGAGAUUUGCCCUCCUCAACAUGAAAGCUGCUCUGAUUCACCUGCUGCAGAAUUUCUCCGUGGAGCCUUGCAAAGAGACCCCGAUCCCCCUAGAACUGGAUUCGACAGGUUUUAUGAAACCCAAGAAGCCGAUCAUACUGAAACUUGUCCCCAGAUCAGGAGUGGAUUCUGAAGACUAGAAAAGAAUUAGAUCUGUUGGGAGAAUGCUUUUCCCACUUCUCUGAAAGCAAGAACUAGAAAUCUUGAAUCUUACACUCAAUGGAAAUGAAAACCUUAGAAUAAACCUCUUGCCUUUUGGGGCAGGAAUCACAUCUAC